UUGCCAACCACUGUCAAUUAUGUCUGUGAUAGUAAUCCCAUCAUUACCCAGUUUACUCAUCGUUAUCAUUAUCACUGUCACAAUCAUAAUUAUCAGCUUCAACAUGAUCAGAAGUACAGAAAUGAUAAGUGGAAUUCAGAAAGAUACUCUCUGUAUGGACGACAUGCUUUACACAGUUAUGUGCAGCAUUUAGCGUCAAAUGAGUCCAUGUCAUCUCCAUCUAAUUCUAAAACAGAAGUGGAAUGCAGUCAACCACCAUCGUUGACAUUGCCCGGUCUUACUGGUCCGAUACAACUGUGGCAAUUUUUAUUGGAACUUUUAAUGACUGAGUCUACAAAUUCAUGCAUUGCUUGGACUGGCGAUGGAUGGGAAUUCAAACUAAAUGACCCUGACGAGGUAGCUCGUAAAUGGGGCAUUCGUAAAAAUAAGCCAAAGAUGAAUUAUGAGAAGCUUUCCCGUGGUUUGAGAUAUUACUAUGACAAAAAUAUCAUUCAUAAAACGCCCGGUAAAAGAUACGUGUAUCGAUUUGUAUGUGAUCUCACCUCUGUGUUGCAAAUGUCCUCUGAGCAAAUUCGCAGAAAAAUGCAGCCGAAACCCGAACUUGAACAGUAA